CCCAGACACCGAAAAAUCCAUCCAGACUUCGUUCACCCCAUCAGUAUUCAGUUCUAGGAGUAGAACACACACUGCACCUGCAAAAAGAUGAACAUGUACAGCCAGCACAACAUCAGGCAGCUUGCAUAUAAAGCACCAGCACCAGCUGCCCAGACACCCCACUACCAUCGAGUGACCCUUCAUCAUCUACCCAUCGUCUCAAAGUUUGAAACACGCCCAUCCUUUCAUCUUUGAUUUCUCCUGAGUCCUGAGUUCCAUCAAGCAAGAUAAAAGCCAGCUAAUAAUCUCCACAGCCACUUCUGCAAAGGGCCAGUGAUCCUACAAGCUUUGCUUGAUCUGCGAAGAGAAUAGAGGAUGAGAGCCGGGGCCUGCACGGUGCAGCAGGCGCUGGCGCCGGAGGCGGCGGUGGUGGUGAAGCAGGCGGUGAGCCUGGCGCGGCGGCGCGGGAACGCGCAGGUGACGCCGCUGCACGUGGCCAGCGCCAUGCUCCAUCAGCAGGCGCCGACGUCGUCGUCGGCGGCACCUUCGACGGGGCUCCUGCGCGCGGCCUGUCUCCGGUCGCACUCGCACCCGCUGCAGUGCAAGGCCCUGGAGCUCUGCUUCAAUGUCGCGCUCAACCGCCUCCCGGCCUCGGCCUCGCCGCUCCUCGGCGGGCACGGCCACGUCUACUACCCGCCGUCCCUCUCCAACGCGCUCGUCGCCGCGUUCAAGCGCGCGCAGGCGCACCAGCGCCGGGGGUCCGUCGACACGCAGCAGCAGCCGGUGCUCGCCGUCAAGAUCGAGCUGGAGCAGCUCGUAAUCUCCAUCCUCGACGACCCCAGCGUCAGCCGCGUCAUGCGCGAGGCCGGAUUCUCCAGCACCCAGGUCAAGGCCAACGUCGAGCAGGCCGUCUCUUCCAUUGAAGCAAACAACUCCGCUUCUACCACCGCCACCGCCGCCGCCGGGUCUCAAAACCCUAACCCUAGCGCAGUUCCAUCUGAAGAAACCAAGCCAACUAAGCUGCUACCUCUCGACCAAGUGCGCGACGAGGACGUCGCGGCCAUCCUUGAAUGCCUGGCCUCCCGGAGAAAGAGGCGUGUCAUGGUGGUCGCCGAGUGCGCGGCCGCUGCCGAGGCGGCGACGCGGGCGGCGGUCGACAAGAUCAAGCGCGGCGAGGCCCUGCGCGGCGCGCAGGUGGUCGGCCUCAGCGUGUCCGGGUUCCGCGACCUGCCGAGGAGCGAGGCCGAGCGGCGGCUCGCGGAGCUCCGGUGCACCGUCAAGGCCGGCGGCGGCAGGGCGGGCGGCGUGGUGGUGGUCGUGGAGGACCUCGGGUGGGCGGCCGAGUUCUGGGCCGGGCGCGCCGAGGCGGGGAGGGGGAGGUGGCCGUCGAGCUGCUGCUACUACUGCGCCGUGGAGCACGCCGUCGCGGAGGUGCGCGCCCUGGCGUGCCGCGGCGGCGACGGCGUCUGGCUCGUCGGCUAUGGCACGUACCAGAGCUACAUGAGGUGCAGAGCCGGUCAGCCCUCGCUGGAGAGCCUCUGGGGGCUCCAGACGCUCGCCGUCCCUGCUGGCAGCCUCGCCUUGAGCCUCAACUGCGUCGACGACAGUGCAAUGGCCGUCAGUCACCUGUCGAGCAUGGCCAGGCGCGAAGGAAGUAGUGGGAACGGGUCGGCGUCGCGUUGCAUGUCGCUUUUGGAUGCCGGUGGCUCCGCCGGCCAGCUGACGACCGUCGUCCCCGCCUGCUGCGGCGACUGCUCCGCCACAAAAUGCGACGCUGCCAAGGAGCUGGCACGAUCAGUCCUGCCGGCGUCCAGCAUUAUUCCUCCUUGGCUCCAGCAUUGCCGCAAUCAGGAGCCUUCCCAUUGCAAGAAAUGGAGCUCAACGUGCGGCGAGUCGCCGUCUCAUCACCGGACGGCACUAAACUUCUCCACGGUGGUGUCGCCGUCCUCCUCGGUCUCCUCGCACGAGCAGCACUACCACCCGCACAAGCCGUACCAGCAGCAGCCAUGGCUUGUCGCCGACGCCCACGAGGCCAAGCACCCGUGGAAGGCCCGGUGCGGUGGCGGGCAGGUGCACGUCGUCGUCGACGACGAGGACGUCAAGCUUGUCAGCGCGAUAAAGGUCAAGUCCCACGACUCGAGCGCGUCCAAUGGCUCGGUGGAGCAGGUGGAGCGCCGCUCCCGGUUCAAGGAACUCAGCGCCGAGAACCUCAAGGUCCUCUGCUCCGCGCUGGAGAAGGAGGUGCCGUGGCAGGCGGAGAUCGUGCCUGAGAUCGCGAGCACGGUGCUCCAGUGCCGCUCCGGCAUGGCGAGGAGGCGAGACACCGAAGCUUCGAGCUCGAGAGCGGCGGGCUCGAAGGAGGACACGUGGCUGCUCUUCCUCGGAGGCGACGCCGAGGGCAAGGCGAGGGUGGCCAGGGAGCUGGCCCGCCUCGUCUUCGGCUCGCGCAAGUGCUUCGUAUCUGUCGGCACCACCGCGUCGUCUCCGGCGCGGUCGGACUCCGCCGAGCAGCGCCACAAGCGGCCGCGGUUGGCGGAGGCGAGCAACAACGACUGCGUCGAGAGCCUCUACGAGGCCGUGCGUGACAACCCGCACCGUGUCAUCCUGGUGGAGGACGUGGAGCAGGCUGGCCAGAGGCGAAUUCUGGAGGCCAUCGAAAGAGGGUCGGUCCGGAGCCAUGGCGGCGACGAGGCUGCCCUCGGCGACGCCAUCAUCGUCCUCAGCUGCGAGAGCUUCGACGCGAGGUCGAGAACCUCAUCGCCACCGACGACCAAGAAGGCGAAGACCGAGAUCAAGGAGGACCCCAAAGAGGAAGCCGCCACCGCUGGGUCGCCGUCUUCAUCUUGCUUUGAUCUGAAUCUGAACAUGAGUUUGGAGAACGAUGACAUGGAGGAGAGUUGCUUUACGGAUGCCGGCCUGCUCAGGGCAGUGGAUCGGGCGUUCUUCUUCAGACGGCCUGAUGAGAGUAGUGAUUAACUACUGAUCAGCCAUCAAUGCAAAUGGCCUGUGUCUAACGUAUUUCUCACCUGCUUUAUUCUUCUCUGUAAUGUUGGUUAGUUUCUUGUAGCUUGCUAGCUUCUUUCUUUCUUUCUUUUUUGUUUGGGA